UGAAGGGGUUAAGAGGCUGGACCAGCCACUUCAGCCUGCCCCUCCCAGGGAUUAAGAGUCCUCUAUAAAAGGGACUGUCCACCCAGAUCAGGCCAGGGGGGUAUCAGGGACCCAGGCAUUGUGCCCAUCCCCCCUGCCAUGUGGGAACUGAGGUCAGCCUCCUUCUGGAGGGCCAUAUUUGCUGAGUUCUUUGCCACCUUCUUCUAUGUCUUUUUUGGACUGGGGGCCUCACUGCGUUGGACCCCCGGACCCCUGCAUGUCCUGCAGGUGGCUCUGGCCUUUGGCCUGGCCCUGGCUACGCUGGUGCAGGCUGUGGGCCACAUCAGCGGAGCCCAUGUCAAUCCUGCAGUCACUUUCGCCUUCCUUGUGGGUUCCCAGAUGUCUCUGCUCCGGGCCUUCUGCUAUAUGGCAGCCCAACUCCUGGGAGCCGUGUCUGGGGCUGCCGUGCUAUACAGUGUCACCCCGCCUGCCGUCCGAGGAAACCUAGCACUUAAUACGUUGCACCCUGGGGUGAGUGUGGGCCAGGCCACCACAGUGGAGAUCUUCCUGACGCUCCAGUUUGUGCUCUGCAUCUUUGCUACAUACGACGAGAGGCGCAAUGGCCGCCUGGGAUCUGUAGCCCUGGCUGUGGGCUUCUCCCUCACCCUGGGACACCUCUUUGGGAUCUAUUAUACUGGUGCAGGCAUGAACCCUGCCCGCUCCUUUGCUCCUGCCAUUCUCACCAGAAACUUCACCAACCACUGGGUAUACUGGGUGGGCCCAAUCAUUGGAGGGGGACUAGGCAGUCUCCUCUACGACUUUCUCCUCUUUCCCCGGCUCAAGAGUGUUUCUGAGAGACUGUCUAUUCUCAAGGGCGCCAGGCCCAGUGACUCCAAUGGACAACCAGAGGGCACUGGGGAACCUGUUGAACUGAAGACCCAGGCCCUGUGAAAACUCCAGUUGGCUAGAGGGAGUAGGAAGCUUCUGGGUUUACUCAGAGGGGCUGAGCCAACCCCUGGACGAAGAAAGAGACUGGGGGAGGGACAUAUACUUCUUUAUUUUUUAAUUUAUGUGUGUUUUUUUUUUCCCCUUUUGCUGUGUGAAAUCUUUCAAGUUGCAUUCAUGAGCUGGUUUGUGCAAACUUCCCUUCCUCCCCAACCCACCUCUCUUCGCCGCUGUGUGUAUGAUUGUGCGUAUGAAUGGUAUGAAUGUGAGUGAACGUGGCUGUGUCUGAGUUUUGGGGCACAGCAGGAGAGGUAGGGAAGGGAAAAAAGGUAUCACCCUAUACCUUACUCUCCCAACCCAGUGUGGUGAACACAGGGAACCAAGACCUUUCAGCUUCUGGCCUUCACCCUACUGCCAGUCAAGUUUAUUAUGGCCCUAGGUUUAUGCGGGAGCAGGGAAGCAGGGGGUACUCCUCACAGGAGGCAGAUGGAGACAAGGCAUUCCAAGGGUUGGGAGAAGGGGCUGAGGGCAGGGAGAGAGAAAAUGGAGGCAUGAGCCCCAUACCAGGUUGCAAUUGUACCAAAAAAUUGGGAGAAGUUAAUGGAAGAGUGUAGCCAACUUAUCUCAGGGAUGCUUGCCCCAGGGACUUGGGUGGGGAAGUAGCUCUGAGAAAAGUUGCCAGUGGGAUUUGAACUGUUGGGUAAAGCCACAUAAACUUGUCUACAUCCACCAGCUGGGUUUUGUGUUCAUUCUGGUAUGACAGAUCUCUUUGGGAGGCCCUGGGCCAGUGAGCUCCCAAUCUAAACAAGGGGUAGGGUGAGCCUAGAACCUAGAAAAUUUAAAUAGUUUAGCAGUUCUGCCAGGCAUACCCAAGGCGC